AUGACCGGGCUGCGCGACCGGGCGGAGGAGGGCGGCACGGGCUCCUCGUCACGACGCACGCGGCUCGAGCACGCCUCCUCCGGCGAGAACGACAGCCUGAGCGGCAGCGCCAAGUUCUCCACGCGCUACUCGCAGAAGUGGUCUGACGCUGCCGCGCACCAAGCCACAGCCAACGGGGGCCGGCACCUGCAGCUGCGCCAGACGCGCAGCGUCGCCUACAACACGCCCACCUACAUGUGCACCCUGUCGGCCGAGUCCGUUUACACGAUCGUCAUCAAGUUCCCGGAGACAGUGACGGCCAGCACCGACCCGAGCAUCACGAUGCUGGGCGACUCCGACGACGAGGAGGACGGCCACCAGCCGCGACCCUCGCAGAUGCCCGACCUGCGCAUCCCGCUCAACGCGCGCGUCAUCCCGCGGCAGCCGGCGCCGAAGAAGAAGAAGAAGCGCGAGGAGAAGAAGCAGGACCGCAAGGCGGCGAAGACGCUGUCGGCCAUCCUGCUGGCGUUCAUCAUCACGUGGACGCCCUACAACGUGCUGGUGCUGAUCCGCGUCAUGCUGCAGUGCGGGGACUGCAUUCCGAAGGAGCUCUGGAAUUUCUCUUACUACCUGUGCUACAUCAACUCCACCGUGAACCCCCUCUGCUAUGCGCUCUGCAACGCUUCGUUCCGCCGCACGUACGUGAAAAUACUGACGUGCACCUGGCAAAAGAACAAGCGUCACCCGGCCAGUAGAGUCUACUACAAUUAA